AGUGCGCCACGCCGCGAGAUAUCCCCGUCACGAAUAUUCCUCUUCCUCCUCCUUCUCCCCACUAUUUAUCGCCAUCAUCUCCUCCACCUCUCCUCCACCCCCCCUGCAAUUUCCAUUUCCCCCUCGAUCCCACACAAUUCGAUCCCAAUUUCCGGUUUUCGUGUGUGAAUCUUUUGGAGAGAUCGAUGAAGUUCGGCAAGAGCCUGAGCAGCCAGAUCGUGGAGAUGCAGCCGGAGUGGCGCGACAACUUCCUCUCCUACAAGGACCUCAAGAAGCGCCUCAACCUCAUCUCCGGCGGCGCCGCCGGGGAGAGGGCGAGCAAGCGGCGUCGCGUCGGUGGCGCGACGGCGGUGACGGUGACGGCGGCGGCGGCGGGCGGGAUGACGCUGGAGCAGGCCGGGUUCGUCGGCCUCCUCGACGCCGAGCUCGACAAGUUCAACUUCUUCUUCCUCGAGAAGGAGGAGGAGUACGUCAUCAAGCAGAAGGAGCUCCGGGAGAGGAAGAUGGCAUCGGCGGAGGAGGUGAUGCGCGUGAGGAAGGAGAUCGUCGAUCUCCACGGCGAGAUGGUGCUGCUCGAGAAUUACAGCGCGCUCAACUACACCGGAUUGGUUAAAAUCCUCAAGAAGUACGACAAGAGAACCGGCUCCAUGAUCCGUCUCCCCUUCGUCCAGAAGGUGCUGCAGCAACCCUUCUUCACCACCGACCUCCUCUACAAGCUCGUGAAGGAAUGCGAGGAGAUGCUGGACCAGCUCAUGCCGACGAACGAACACUCGGUAGCGAGCGAAGAUGGGAAAGAUGACAGCGAAGGGGAGGAGAAGGGUUCAAAGCCCAGCUCCUCCUCCUCGGCCAACGGUGGAGCCGUCCCGGGAGAGGCCGAGGCCGAGGAUGAGAGGAGCACGGACAUGAAGAGCACCGUCACGGCGGCGCUCAGGGCGCUGAGAGAGAUCCGGAGCGGGAGCUCGACGGUGAGCGUCUUCUCCCUGCCGCCUCUGCACGGCAGCAAUGGGCAGGAUGAACCGGGGAGGUGAAAACGAGAAUGGGAAAGAAAAGGAAAUGAUCUUGACGCUGCGUUCGGUAUCGUUGUUUCGCCUGCACUUCUGCUCAAAUGCUCAGUGAUCUUGGCACUUGGUAGGAGUUUGUAACUGGCUAUCAGUUCAUGUUUCGUUUUAACUUGGGUAUUUUUCGUGUAAUCUGUUUGUUUCCCACCUGCUGUAAAAAUGAGAGGGAAAAAUAGAUUAGUAUAAAGUUCAGGGUAAACAUAGAUCUCAAUGUGCAGCCUGACUACUUUGUCACUUGAUGGGAUGAUUUUUUUUUGUUUAUGUGCUUCUGUGUUUGUUAGAUGGUUUGUAUGGCUGUAUAUAUAUAUAUAUUUUUAGUAAAUUGCAGUUUGGGUCA